UCUGUUGAUGGCACUCUAAGCCCGCUUCUCAUUGGCCACUAAACUGAACCCAUGAUCUUCCAUUUCCAAUCUUUCUUCAACUGUGACACAUUGCCUGUCCCCAUUGUGUCUUCCCUUUCUCAUCUCUCCUUCUCAGCUUCAGCCCAGCCUCACCACUCAAAUCUCACCCUGUCAGACUCUCAUGCCCAGAUCUAAUCACCAUAGAUCUGCCCACUUCCUCCUCUCUUCACUCAACAAAAUUACUUUCCUCUCACAAACCCACGCCAUUUUUCUGGGAUUUUUUGGUUUAGCUAUUCAACUUCUAUAUGUUUUAGAUGUGAGCAAUGAAAAUGAAACUCAAAGAAUGAAAAAUGAAUGUAAAAUAUCUAGCAUUUCAAUCAACAUGCUUUGUGGAUAAUGGGAAGCAACAUGGCAAUUACAAACUUAAUCAAGAUGUGCAUUAGAUGGCAUCACAGACACAAAAAAUCUAAUCUCUCUUAGAAUUUCAUUAGACUGCAAAUUUUCAUGUUUUUAACUGCAUGCAAAAAAAUAGCAGUAUUAUAUUUCUGACCUAUUAUUGCCAAAAAAAAAUUUCAGGAAAUGUUAUGCUUAUCAUCUUGAACUGAUUCAGUCUUGUCUCAAAAGGGUUUAACAAAGAAGGAUUUGCAGAGACUAUUUGGUUGCAUUGGGGGAAAUUCAAUUCUGGACAACUUUUCUUUGAGGUUUGGUACAAAUAAAGAUAUAACCUUUUGAAAAUUUUCUAAUUAAGGAUAUGACCUUUUUCCUUUACUAAUCAAGAAAUAUAACUUUUCUUCCAAUCUCACAUUUCUUAAAGAAACAUUGUAAUGAACUGUUGUUGCUAUAACUGGAGAAAGAACAUCAUAAAAGAAAUUCACUUUA